AUGCCGUACUUUGGAAUCCGGAAGUGUAGCCGCUGUCAUCCAUCCAAACAAACAAACAACAUGUAAGCAACAUUUUGACGACAUAGACAUUACCUACUAUUAUUUUUUUUUACAGUGUUCACUUUGAAGUUUGUGCAAGGGCUACUACCUGUUCUUUUGACAGUUAAAGAGACAGCAUUUAAACGUUAACCAGCGAGUUAGCUAACCGUGAACGAAAAGUCAGCAGGGAGGCUAUGGAAGUUAGCAAACUUCGUUGCGCUGCCACAUCGUCACAAACUGACAGCAGGGCCGCAGUCAUUGUUUUAUUUUAUUGAUAUGUUGUCAAGGGGUUGAUUUCAGAGAAUGUCAUCAAGAGGCAUAGUCCUCCAUUUGCAAACCUUCUGUGCAAGUCUAGGGAAGGUGACUGAAGGAAAUUUACUGUCAGAGACUUCAACUGCAUUUGGAUAAGUUGUUUUCAAGUCAGUCAUGGCUCGGGAGGAAGAGGAAGAGGAAGAGGAGCUGACAGUCGAUGGACCCAAGGAGGUGGACAUGUUUACAUCAGUGCGUUGCCUCGGUUACCUGUCCAGCGUCAACCUCCUUGUGGCGGUAUGCGUUGGCAUGUACGUACGCUGGGAGGUCACAAGUGAGCCAAUGAUUCUGGUCAUCUUCAUCCUUGGCCUCUUUGUCCUGGGGAUAGCCAGCAUCCUCCAUUACUACUUUGCUAUGGAGAAAGCCAGUCUCAGCUUGUUCCAUUUGUGGUUUGGCUUUUUGCUCGGCCUUCUUUGCUUCCUCAACAGCCCCGCCUUGGAUUCAAAUGUCAAGGAACUGGUUGCCAACUAUCUCCUCUUAGCCAGUAUAAUCAUGAAAACAUUAUGGGCUGUAACUGAGCGAAUAUGCAGCUCCAUCCGUUACAAACCCACCUUGCUAACAUCAGCUGAGCUGUUGGAGCUCCUGGGAUUUGGCAUUGCCAGCACUACCAUGCUUCUUCACAAGUCAGUGGCCAUAAUAGGCUUGGUUGUGGCCCUGGGGGCUCUCAUUGUAGACCUGAAGAUGAAAUCCCUCCUGGCUUUGCCCAACCUGGUCAGUUUUUCCUUGGUUACCUCUCUUGUGUUCUUCCAGGCCCUAAGCAUCACAGCCAACCCUUAUGCCUUAUGCUGCUACCUGGGCAGGCUGCUGUGUGAGCCAGUGUUGGAUGUGUACUUCAGUGGGCUGGGGUCCAGCGAACGCUGGAUACCAGUGCUCUCCCUGGGAAAGGUGUGGAGGAGGCUGUCCCUGCUGCCUCUGAGUCUGACUGAGCUGGCCUUCUUUGUCCUGGCUGCCUUAAAGCUUGGCCACUUGGAGCUGUGGUAUCUGGUGAUCCCAGGCUUCUGCCUGUUUGGCCUUUUCUGGUCCAUCUGCCACAUAAUUCUGCUGAUCACAAUAUGGGGCUUCCACACAAAGUUGAGUGAGUGUCAGAAGACCUGGCGGGCCCAGCGAUCCAGUAGCCGGAGUCUCAACCAAGUCAUGGCCUCCAGGGGCAUCCGACACUUCUGCCUCAUUUCAGAACGUCUGGUAUUCUUUAGUAUGCUGUCAACGGUCAUACUGGGGGCUGUGUCCUGGCAGCCCUCCAACGGUCUCUUUCUCAGUGCUCUGCUGGUGGUGCUGCCUUUGGAGUCUCUGGCCCACGGCUUGUUCCACGAGCUGGGCAGCUGCCUGGGGGGAACCUGUGUUGGCUACGCCUUGGUCAUACCUACUGCUUACUGCAGCGCUGAUGGCCAGCCCACUCUCCUACCACCUGAGCAGGUACAACAGCUGAACCUGCGCUCCACAGGUAUGCUGAACAACGUGCAGCGCCUCUUCUCCCACCACAUGAUCCAGACGUUCGGCUGUGACUACUCCACCAGUGGUGUCACGCUGGAGGUUGUGCUGACAAAGCUGCGCAACUUUAUGGAGCUUCGUACAGCAGACGGGCCCCGUCAUGACACCUAUCUGAUUUUCUACAGUGGGCACACACACAAAGGCACCGGGGCUUGGGCUCUGGCAGGAGGUGAGAGCCUCCACCUGGCCCAGUUGCUGGAGUUGUGGAAGGAGAAGAACGCCGGCCACUGCUCCCGUCUCAUCCUCGUCCUGGAUACUGAAAACUCCCUCCCCUGGGUGAAGGAGGUGCGUAGGGUGGAGGGCGUCCAUGUAGCCGUGCAGGGGGCUGAGCUGUCCGCCGCCAGGGUGGACCCAGAAGCUGGAGACAUCCCCUUCCUUGGGGAGUUCACUUCCGAAUGGGUGGAGUUUAACUGCAACCCAGACAGCGACACUCAGUGGUCAGAAAAAGGAAGGACUGUGAUGGCCGCCUACGGCGUGUCCAAACGCUGGAGCGACUACACACUUCACCUGCCCACUGGAAGUGAUGUGGCCAAGCAUUGGAAGACCCACUUUCCCAAGGUUACAUAUCCCAUGGUGCACCUCUCCAACUGGUGCUGUGGCCUCAACCUGUUUUGGUUAUGUAGCGUUUGUCUGCGCUGCUUCAGGAGGUGUAAACUAGCUUGGUUCCCACCAGCUGUACUGGACACUGGGCAGGGCAUUAAACUGGUGCACUCUUAGAAAUGAGGGAAGUUGACAUGUACAUUUUGACUCUGGUAGUUUGUGUUUUAACAGCUGGGCUAUGAGGUGGUUAUAGAAAGGAAAAGGAAUACUUCUACACCUAUAAUACCAGAUUUAACCCCAAGUAAAAUGUGGCCUUCUGUCAGAAAGGUUGUUCAACUCCUGAUGCAGAGACAUUGUGCUGAUGAUUUUACAGCAAAACACUAUAGUGAUCUAAAAAACAGUUACAAUGGAUAAAACCAUAUUAAGUACAUAACUAUGUUUUUUUUUUUUUUAAGGAUGAGGUUAAAAAAAAAUAAAGACCAAAUAGUGUGUUUCUGUAUAAGUUUUUAUAUUUCGGAGCCGUGUGUUAUUAUGUUUUUGAAUACUGUUUUUGAAUAUUAUUUCUUUGGAAAGGGUUUUUUUUGUUAUAACAUGGCUUCUUUUUUUUACAGCAACAUAUAGUGCCUUAAAGUGCCUUGAAAUUGGAUUUGGGGUCAUCUGUAAUAUGGAUGCCUAAUGUUCUAUAUGUAAGUGUGUGUGUAUAUGUGUGUAUAUAUAUACACACAUACACACACACACCCUCGCCUUGCCUCUUAUUUAUAUUUAGAGGAUUUAGCUCACACUCUUAACUUAAACUAUGUGAGCAGGGAGAGGCUCGGUGUCUUCCUAAAGCCUUUCAACAAGAUAGACAAAAUGACUGUUGUGGGGCUGAACUCCAUACCCUCUGGUUACGGGACAGUAUAACCACCAUGCCAACCUGCCGCUCUUGCUGUGGGAUCUUUUCCUCAUCACUUUCGAACAGUUUAGAUAUGCAUUGACUCCUGAAUUGAAUAAACAAAGACGCAUCGGCUGUGAGGUAGUAUAUAAUCACUAGACGCUGGCCCUGUAUUGUGCCUCAUCCUGUUUAUCUACACAAAUUAAUUCAAGUUGAAGAAGUCCUUUGCUUUAUAAAAACACAGUACAUUCAAGUUCUGUAGCUGUUGUCCUUGCCAUGCUGUGAAAUAGUAACUCAUGCAAAACAACAAAUCAAGAAGCUCCCAAUGCUUUUUAUUGCUACACUGACCUUAGGAACUGAUAAUGACCAUCCUUUAUUUCAUACUUGUUUUGCUGUGUUGGCUCUCUCUCCCACACAUCCCUAAACUCUGGAGUGGAUUGCUGCCUUAAGGUUUGUGUUUCACUGUGGUGUUUCCAAGAGGUCAAGUGGCAUUUUCCACAUGCAAUUCCCCAUGUGCCAAAACUAAACUUGGAUAAUAAACUGAUUUAAAUAUU